GCCUGGUGAGGGCGGGAAGCGACUAGGACACAGGCUCCGGCGGGCCUGAGAACCCCGCCUCACCGGUACUGGGAGCGGAAGAGGAGGCAGUACCUGUGGGGGGCGUAACCACGUCUAAGGACGGGACCCUUGCUCGAGGGGCGGGGCUGCGGCCGAGCGGAAGAAUUCCAAACCGCCCGAGAAUUUGGUCCUCCCGUGGUCCUGGGCUAGGUGCGGCGGCUUCCAAGGUUGAGGGAUCUGCUCGGUGUUACCCACGCGAGAGGUUCUCCUGCCAUCUCAUCUAAAACUGCGGUCCCCACCCACCUCCCACCGGCGCCCCCGGCCCCUUGUUUCCCUAGUUCCCGCCGCUGCCAGGCGUGGCGCCUAACCCCCCGGCCUCGCGGAGAUCCCAGCAGGGGAGAGGGAGAGGAGAGGUCCACCUCCAGAGCCUCAUCAGUACCAGCCUGGUGACUGGGUUUAUGUCAAACGCCAUCGACAAGAAAUCCUUGAGCCACGAUGGAAAGGACCUUACAUCAUCCUGUUGACCACUCCAACUACCUUAAAAGUGGACAGAAUAGCUGCCUGGAUUCACUACACCCACGUGAGACCUGCCGACCCCUUCCAAGUCCCAGAAAACUAUAUCAACCCAGAGGCUCAACAAUGGAAACUACACCCCGACAAGAAAAACCCACUCAAGCUACGACUCUCCCGUCACUGAUACCGCGGAUGCGAUUCCUUCAAACUUUCACGACAUUAUUCUUGAUUCUAGUCAUUCCACUAACUGUAUGUAACGCGGGCCCUAACCCGUAUCCCCAUAACCCCCACCAACCCCUUAACCUCACUUGGGUACUUAUCGACACUUCCACAGGAGACAUUAUAAAACAACAAUCCAAAGUCGCUCCUGAACAUACUUGGUUUCCAGAUUUUACCUUUGACCUGCAGGAUCUAACAAGAAAUAGUCAUGGGGGACCAUCCAGUAGUUGGCUGAAAAAGGCCUAUUUCUAUGUCUGCCCAGGACAUAAAAACACAGAUCAAUCCUGGAGACAGAAAUGUGGGGGAGCUGAUUACUAUUAUUGCGCUAGUUGGGCCUGUGUAAGUACUGGAGACAUAUAUUGGGAGGCGCCAACAAAAGAUGACUUAAUCCAAGUAAAACGAAAUGGGACUCGACCAAGGGAUGAUUAUAGGGUAGAUUCCAAAUGGUAUAAUAAUUGCCAAAGAAAUCAGAGAUGUAAUCCCAUAAUCCUACAGUUUACACAAAAAGGAAAAUCGGCUCCCGGGUGGGAAUUAGGAAAAACUUGGGGACUGUACAUGUAUAUGACGUGGGGGCGAGGAACAGGCCUCCCAGGAUCUCUCUUCACCCUCCGGCUUAUAAAGAGCCCUAUCUUUAGUAGCUCGCCCGCUGCAAUAGGCCCAAACCGGAUUCUUGGUAGUCAGAACAUACCUAAGAUUACUGGCCUGAAAAACUCAACGACGCCUCAGCCAAAACCCAGUAGCUCCCCUCGAAUCACUCAGAAGGGCCUUAAUCAUACAACAACCCCCACACGUAAGGCCAUUCCUAGCCCACCCAUCCCUAACGAAGCAGGGUCCGAACCCUUAUAGGACCUAAUGGUCCAUACCUUCAAAGCCCUCAAUUCUACCAGACCUGAUUUAACAGAAUCGUGCUGGCUUCACUAUAACCCUAAGCCCCCCUAUUACGAAGGAAUCGCCAUCCUAGAAGUUUAACACUUCUAAUACAUCCACCAAUGUCGAUGGCAACAAACUACCACCGUCAGGCUGACCCUACAGUCCAUAAUGGGGCAGGGUCUAUGCAUAGGACAGGUGCCAGCCUCACACUCACACCUUUGCAAUCGGACUGAACAGAACAAAAACGAUGAAUACAUCAUCCCGCCAGAUCAAGGAUGGUGGGCAUGUUCCACAGGGCUCGCCCCUUGUAUACAUGGUACGGUCCUGAACCGCACCAAAGACUUCUGUGUUUUAGUCCAACUAGUGUCCCGGGUACUCUACCAUACUAAUAAAGAAAUUAUAACGUCCCUAACCAAAUCAAGUGGUCUGAUACGAGUCAAAAGAGAACCUAUCACUGCCCUAACCCUAACCGUCCUUCUGGGACUGGGAAUAACGGGGGCAGGGACCGGUAUUUCAGCCUUGGCGACCCAAAGCAAAAGCUAUCAAGACUUGAGAAUGGCCAUAGACACUGACAUCCCAAACCUAGAAACCUCCAUUGCCCAUUUACAAGAGUCCCUGACUUCACUAGCAGAAGUGGUACUGCAAAAUAGAAGGGGCUUAAACCUCUUAUUCUUCCAACAAGGUGGAUUAUGUGCUGCCCUUAGAGAAGAAUGCUGUUUCUAUGUUGAUCAUGCAGGAAUAGUCAAAGAAUCUCUAGCUAAGGGAAGGGAAGGCCUGGCACUGCACUGGCAGUGUGGAGCCUGAUGUGGGGCUCAAACUUAUGAACCUUGAGAUC